AUGGCUGAGAAGGCAACCGGCGUUUCUCCCAACGACAAACCUACACCCCAAGCACAGAAUGUAUCGGAUCCGAAUCUAGUAACAUGGGAUGGUCCCGACGACCCAGAGAACCCCAAAAAUUGGCCGCAAAGUCGAAAAUGGACGACGAUUCUUCCCAUGUCCUUGUUCAACUUCCUCUCCUCGAUCAGUUCCGCCACCAUGGCCCCGGCAUUGACGGCCAUUCAAGAGGAUCUCAACUUCUCCUCAAGCCUCCUGGCGGUAUUGUCUCUGUCGGCAUUUUUAUUAGGGACGGCUUUCAUACCGUUAUUCACAGCCCCGUUGUCGGAGGUGUUUGGUCGAUCUUUAAUUCUUCAGUCCGCGAAUAUCUUUUACAUUGUGUUCAACACGCUCUGUGGGGUGUCGCGGACUCCGACUCAGCUUAUUGUGUUUCGCUUUUUCGCGGGCUUGGGUGGAGCUGGGCCUUUCGCGAUUGGUAGUGGCAUCAACGCCGACCUAUUCACUCCUCGUGAACGAGGCCAAGCUCUUGCGGUAUACACAUUGGCCCCCCUGGCGGGCGUCGCGAUUGGUCCGAUAGCAGGCGGCUUUCUCGUUCAAUACACAUCAUGGCGCUGGUGCUUCUAUGUUGUGUCGAUUGCCGGCGGUGCCAUUCAAAUAUUCUGUCUGCCAUUUUUCCGAGAGACCUAUGCGCCUAUUCUUCUUCAAAAGCGCUGCAGACGCCUGCGGAAGAGCACCGGGAAUCUCAAUCUCUACACCGAGCACGAUACAAUUUCACUUGCGAAGCUCCUUAGCACUAGUAUUGUCAGACCAUUUAAACUACUCGCCACCCAGCCGGUCGUGCAAGUCUGGAGUUUAUACUGCGCAUACCUCUACGGGAUUCUCUAUCUCCUGAUCGCAAGUUUCCCUGACGUUUGGUCGGACGUCUACGGCGAGUCUGUGUCUAUUGGAUCACUAAACUAUAUUUCCAUGUUUAUUGGAAUGGGAAUCGCUUCUCAGAUCGGAACACGACUAGCCGACCGGUAUUAUAGGAAACUUUGCGAUAAAAACGGGGGUCAGGGACUUCCGGAGUUCCGUCUGCCCGUUCUUAUUCUUGGGGCUUUCAUCGUACCCGUUGGAUUGUUCUGGUAUGGCUGGAGUGCCAGAUCGAAUGUCCAUUGGAUCAUGCCAAAUAUCGGCGCGGCAAUCUACAGUGCCGGGACCAUCCUGGAAAUUCUUUGUGUCAUGGGCUACAUCAUUGACACCUAUCAAAAAUACGCCGCAAGUGCCAUGGCCGCCAUCAUUGUCCUACGGAGCAUUCUUGCUUUUGCCUUGCCUUUGGCAGCUCCUAGCCUUUACGGUAAUCUGGGGAAUGGAUGGGGCAACACGCUGCUGGCAUUGAUAGCCACGUUUAUCGGCAUACCCUGUACCGUUUUACUCAGAUAUUACGGUCCGGCUCUCAGGAGACGAAGUCCGUAUGCUAGAGACGACUAA